GACUGCCCUCCGAAACUUUGCCUGGCUUUAGGUAUCUAGAUGACAAGGUCUCCGCGCGUCUCGUCCAGAGCCUACCGUGCACAAGCACCCCUCAGCUCUCGUUCCUCCCACAUUGCACACACUUCUCCUUUCCAGCAAUCACACAUACACAUCCCUCCCGACAUGAGCCUCUCCACCGCCGCCAUCGUUGGCGUGGCCAUCGGGUCCGCCGUUGCCGGCGCUCUUAUCACGGCCCUCACCGAGGGCAACGACCAGGAAGCUCGCAGAAAGUUUGCCCUUGCCCUGGACUGCUUCCUCCCCUCGAAAGAGCCCAAAGUUGGCUGGCUCCGAUCGCUGCGGGAUGGCAUCUAUUACAGCGCCAAUCGCUACGUCAAGCAGUUCAUCGACGCCAAUGCCCAGGGAGUCGAGAUCGAUGAGUCGACCUUUGCGGCUCUGGCGCUGCCGCCUGGCGAAUGGAGGCGCCUCCUGGAGCCUGGCGCAGAUCGCGAGCACAUCAUGGCCACCUUCAUCUGCCGCUUCCUCAUGUCGCGCAUGGCCGCCAACUCCGACCUGGCCACCACCCUCCUGCCCCCAGACAUAGCAGCCACGUACCAGCGUCUCUUGACCAUGCCCGCAACUAAGGCCUUCUCCUCUAGCAGUGGAUGGCUGUCCUAG